GAAGAAAAAGCUUUCUCUCUUUCUCUCGCUCUCUUGGCUGCCUCUACCGGCUUUCCACGACCACGAAUCGAUACCACGCGACUGUCGCCUCGCUCGUUUCCCCGCGUAUAUUAUACAUCCAUCUCUUUUUACACCCUCCUUCUCUCCUCUUAUCUGUUUUUCCCUCUUUCCACAAUUUACUUUACUCUUUCCUUCUAUUCUUCUAUUUUCUUUCUAUUUUCUUUCCAUUUUUCUUCUUUUGCAUCUUUCAAAAAGCAUUCUCCUUUCGUUCAACCCCAUUUCAAAACAUAUCGCGAAUGUAAACUUUUCUUUUUUUCCCCUUUUUUCUUUUUCUAAUGCUUCACAAUACGACAGACCUUGGUUUUUCAUAAUAUUUAUUAUUUUGUCCCCAUUAUAAAAGACAACAUUGUCAGAAGAACAGUUAUAUUAAAUGGAAGCAACGAGUAUGACAACAAAAUAAGAGUUGAAGAACUUUGUACUGCAGUGUCGUUCGUCGUUCGCCGAAAGAGACGGAUGAACGAUUGACAUUAUUGAGAAUUUUGUUGUUCGUGCAACGACUAAGGGUGUCAGCGAAGGUGUAAAGGGUUGAAACAAAGGAAGAAUACCAAAAUUAAAGAUAGAAGGAAAUAGAGAUUUAGAGAUUCGUGGUUCCGGUUAGUUUCUACUGUGUGUCACGUGACCGUAUUAAGGAUAUUUACUGUGCUACGUGUUUUUUUUACGACGAUCGUGCUUGCUUUCUUCUUCUUCUUCGUCGUCGUCGUCGUCGUCGUCGUCGUUGUCGUCGCCGUUCUACUGAAAAGAAACAAGAAGAGUAGCUUUAUUUCUUCGUUUAAGAGACAUCAAGACUACUUCUUUAUUGAAAUCUGCGUUCUACUCGGAAAAUGUAGUGUGCUACGUUGAGCUAGUAGUACGCAAGAACGAACAAGAGAAGACGAUCGAGUUUACUUGUACGAGACACACCGGAGUACAGAAUCGGUGGUGCAUCCUGAAACAGAGAGAGCUGUGAUGAGGGAAGCAGGCUAGAAGAAGGACCCUGUCGCGCAUGUGCCGGUAGGAGCACAAGAAAGAUGCCGCCAUCCUCGAGAGCCUUAUUAAGCCCGGUGCUGCUUCUAAUCUUCGCAGGAAGCAUCGGUGCCUUCAACUCGCGACAAGGAGAAUGUUCGUUUCCACCACGUUGGGAAGGCACCUGGUUUCAAAGUGGCGUGAGGCAAUCGAUUGUAAUAUCCAGGAAUGAGCUUUCCAGUAAAGGCAGGUGUCUCCACAAUGAGGGCGACAAGUUCCUUUUAGUCGACAUGAAAUCCUGCUACCGCUGCGUCGUCAUUCACGAGAAGCACUCCAAUGUUCUCCAAUACAAAGAGACUUACUGCCACACUAGAAACUCCUUGUCGUCUUUAUGCUCGUACAUCACUGGCGAUGCACUUCUGUACUCCAUGUUUCGCGAGGAGGCACUCCCGGUACCAUGUCCCUUUCGAGGACCAAUGACUUUCUCGUAUAAUCGGGGUCAUGGUACUUGUUCCAUUCCGCAAAGCAACGUUGACACGUGCACGGACGAUAGUCGACUCCUUUUCAGGUAUCAAGCUUGUCCGGAUGUCUCCGCCUCUGAAAGUGCUGUGGAAGAGCUCGAGUGCUUGGCCACAUGGAAGGAGGGUAGCAGCCGGUACCUCGUCGGCCGUUUACAUCACAACCACGCGUCGAGCAACGAAGAUCGAUACCGAUGCUUCGUCUACGAGAAGGCCAGUCAGACGGUCCAGGCCAAUCUAAACAGAGCUGGUGGCAUGGGCAUGGGCGGCAUGGAUCACGACGUCACCCUACCGAAUGGAGGACCGAAUGGAGGACCGAAUGGGGGACCGAAUGUAGGACCGAAUGGAGGAUCGAAUGGAGGACCGAAUGGAGGACCGAAUGGAGGACCGAAUGGAGGACCGAAUGGAGGACCGAUAUCAUCCGAGGGCGCGGCGGAAAUAUACCAGGUGGCUCAAAGCGGCGACGCUACUUGCAAUGGCCUUUUCAGUGCUAUGGAGGGUUCCAGGACGAUGACCUUGAAAAAAGUCUCAUCACCAGGCGAAUGCCGUUUCCCGAACUGGUUGACUGGUCAUAGUAGCGGAGGACUCACAUGGCAUACACUAGAUCUCGGAAGAUCCUAUACCUUUCAUCCUAGAAACGCUUCCCUUCACGUAGCUCGAUCAAACGGUAGUUCCUCCAGGUUUGAUAGUGGCUCUUUGGAUGGACAGUAUAUUCCUGGACAAGAGGAUCAAGACGUUAAAAUUCUCUGCAAUACUAUCAAACAGACGAAUACUGCUCCCGGUAUGAUUAUGACCAUGCUGGUUGCCCACUUCACUGUUGGAUGUCGAAGCGGUUACAUGUGCAUGGCAUUUUAUCGAAGAGACGGUCACGUGAUAGAAGUGCAAACAGGAAGUGCCAUCUCAAGACCGGAAGAAGCUUGCAGCUCACCCCAUUUUCAACACAGUAUACCUUACCUCACGUUAGUUACGAGUUCACCGGAACUACGUCAGUGUCCUUAUCUUGGUAAAUUCACGGUAACCGGAGUUAACCAUAAUCAGAGGAACACUCGCGAAAGUCGAAGGAUUCAGCAUCAAGAGUCUCUGACAAGCAGGCACGACGGUGAAAAGGUUAGACACGCUCAAGAACGAAUAGUCGAGGACCGUCGUGGUCGAAGCAAGAUCGACUUUGAGCUUGAGAAGAGACGAGCGAACAAUGAAUAUCUCGUGCGUGAGCGAAUGGGUAGACGAGCUAGAUCGAAUCGUAAUAACAGAAGUCACAGAGAUCAACAGGAGUCGUCAUCUUCCUUGAAAUUAAUUCCGGAACAACAAGAGAGUGUGGUCCAUCGAGAACACGGUUCGCACUUGAAAGCGAAAAAACGAGAGAAAAUAUCGGACGAAUUUAAUAAAGAUGAAAAUAAUGCUGAUGGAUGGAGCAGAUCUAAAAGAAAUUCCAAAAUAGUUGAUAACUCCGAAGACUUUACCGGAUUUGCUGACAUGAAACAAUUCUGGAUGCCGAACUUUGACGACGUGGGAACGUCCGCCAUAUUAGAAGUGGACGACGACGAAUACUUUGGGGAUUACCCUGAUACCAAGAACGCACCGAAGAAGAGAUCAUCAUCCCAAGGCGUUCGAUCUUACAAGAGCAUGUCCUUUACGGAUCUCACGAGGAUGCGACGAGACCUCGAGAAUCUAGUAACCGAAGAGGAAGUUACGAGCGAAACCCGAGAGAAAAGAGAAGAGGUCGAAUCAAAGUGCAACGCUGAGAUCACAACUCUCACCGUUGGAUGUUCUACCGCAGACAGAAUGGAGCUUCAAAGCGAUUGCGUGAAUGACGUCGCAGUUGUCGCUUACUCCUGCCAUGGAAAGUGGAUCGACGCAGAGGGUACUCAGUUCGUGAUCGCAACCAGACUUACGCGGAAAACAACGUGGUCGAACGAUAAUAACAGGCCGCAGCCCUACAGAAACACCCAAAGAUUGUGUUUCAUGUACAAAGAGAGCGGUGGAGUUGUUAGUUUGACUGCCAGCUCGGUAGCGUGUCAAAGAGGCAUUCCUCCAUCCGCACCGAUGUUGGCCUUUAAUGCUACCAGCACCGGUCAGUGUAUGGAGGAGAACAAGGGGCAGAUGAAUCAAGCGACGUACCUGACGAUACUUCUACUGACCGGGGUAGUCGUAAUAUUUAGGUGAUUCUAAUCGAAAAGACGAAGACGAAGACGAAGACGAAGACGAAGACGAAGACGAAGACGAAGACGACGAA